UUACGAUGGCUUCACUUACAAGCACUAAUUUUAAAGAACGAUUUCUGACUAUUAUUAAAGAGAACGAAUCUCUAAAUGCAGCAUGUCAGGAGAUCGCUGUAGAAAUACAAUCUGGACAUUCAAAACUUCAUGCUGUUGUGGAAGAGCUUGGACCUUUUUUAAUAGAAAAAGAUGUCAGCUUAAGGGAAAAAGGCAUUAAUGCUCUUUCUACUAUUUUGUCCCAUUUACCUAAUGAUUUUUUAAAUGAAACUGAAUUAUGUUUUUUAACUAAAUUUUAUUGUGAUAGACUUAAAGAUCAUCACACUAUUAUACCAACAGUAUUAAAGGGAAUUUUAACAAUUGUUCAAAUGAAUCAUUUACCCAAGGAUUCACCUGCACAUAUACUCAGAGCUUUUUUUGAUAAUGUUCAAUGCCAAUCUCAAUCAGCAUCUGAUCGUUAUAAUAUAUAUUUAAUACUUACAAUCUUGUUACAAAACAGAACAGAAGAUUUAAAAUCUAUGGGACCUGAUUUGAUUUAUGCAAUUAUAAAUACUAUUGAUGGAGAAAGGGAUCCUAAAAAUCUUAUAUUGAUAUUUACCAUACUUCCACAUUUUAUGAAAGAAUUUUCAUUAGGCCAUUUAACUGAAGAAAUGUUUGAAGUCAUUUCAUGUUACUUUCCAGUUGACUUCAAUAGUUCUGGAGCACAGGGAUUACAAAUAACACGUGAUGAUUUGGCAGAAAAAUUGGCACCUUGUCUUUGUGCUGUACCAGAAUUUGCUUGCCAUUGUAUACCACUUAUUCUUGAUAAAUUAUUCUCCAAUGUUAAAGUUGCCAAGAUGGAUUCUUUGAAUUUGUUGUGCAAAGGUGUACAAACAUUUGGUGUAAAAGGCCUUAAACAUUAUUUGACUGAAUUAUGGUCAGCUUUAAGAAAAGAAAUUAUACCAACUGGAGAUAUAGAAAUAAGGAAUGCUAGUUUAAAAGCAACUGUGUCUAUAAUUGAAGUUGUAUCAAUUGAUACAGAGCUGUGUAAAAGUUUCAUUGAUAAUAUAAUCACAGAUGCAAAAUCAUCUUUAUACGAUGUACAACUUAGUUUAUUUGGAUCAUCUGUGAAGUUAUUAGAAUCUGUAGCAAUAGUCAAUAAAGAAUCAUGCACACAGGUAUUACAAACAAUAGUACCAUUAUGUCUUGGACAGUAUUCCACCAAAACUACAGUAACUGAUAAAAUUAUUUUGGUUAAUACACUAAACAAUUUUAUUAAAGUUACUAAUGAUCAUAGUUUUAACAUCAAGGAUGUUCCAGAAUUAUCAUGGACAGACAUACCACAGUUAUAUUUAAACGAAUUAUCGACGCCUGAUACAGAAUUACAGUCACUAUUAUUGUUGGGGCUAACAUUACAGAAAACAUAUUUAAAUAAAGUGCAUCGAAAUUCACUCUAUGAUAAAAUUUGUAAUCUAAGUGAAACAAAUUGUAAUGAAUUAAAAACAAUUUGUUACAUAUCUCUUUUUAGCUUCGCUAUACUGUAUCCAGGUGAAAUAUUAUCUUUAAUGAAGCAAAGAUUUUCAUUAACUGCUGAUGCAGAAACAGCUGAAAUACAAAUUCAUAAGUUAGAACUUUCAACAGCUGUUGCUAAAACGUAUGAACUAGGUAUUGAAAUUCUUCCACAAAUUGUGUUACAAACGAAUGCUAUCAAUUCUGAAAUAAGUUUUACAGCUUUAACAUGUCUUCAUAGGCUAGUCGUUGCAAAAGAUGUAGAUUAUAAUAUACAACAUUAUUUGUAUAAUGAAUGUAAUAUCAUUGAAAAGUUGGCUCUUCUUAAAAUGAAUCCUGCUGAUCAGAGAUUUGAUUUAGUAUUAAACAUUUGCCGGCUAAUUGUAAGAAACCUUACAUUCGAAGAACAACAAGAGGUUGUUAACAAAUAUGCUACAAUUUUGUGUGACCAAGUUUCGAUAAUUGACGCUAUUUUUAUAAUGAAUAUUUUUAUUCCUUUACGUCAAUAUGUUAAUUUAUCAAUAAGCCUAAGCUUGUUUCAAAAUUUGUAUAAUUUACAACUUAAUAACAUUCAUUCAAAUAUAAAACUCAUAACUUGGGAAUUUUUUGCUGUAAUAUUAAAUAAAAUGAAUGAUAAUGAUCAAUGCUUUCAAAGUACUUUGUCAUGUCUUAAAAAACAAAUAGCUAAUGACUUACAAUCAGAUAUUAAUACUGAAAUGAAACAAGCAGCAGCUGCUUUACAAGUAUGGUUAACAAAAGCAAUUAUUACAAAAGGUUCCUGUAAUGCUGAAAUCUUCUUAAAUGAACUUACAGACAUUUUAAAACAUGAUCAAAUAGGUCAGUAUGUGGCCCAAAUAUACGCAAUUUUGACAAGUAGACAAGAGAAUGUUUUAGUGGAAGAAAACUUUUGUAACAUUAAAAUCUUUUUCAAGCAAAGAGUAUUUGAACAUUUAAUUAACAAAAAUUCGGAAUUUAAAAAUUCAUCAAGACAAAAUUUAACUGCAUUGGUGCACCUAUUAGAAGAAGUACCUAUGGAACUUUUGAUUAUGCAUUUAACAAAGUUGGUUCCACUUUUAAUAGAAUCUCUAUGUCUUGACAAUGAGCAGUUAAUCCAUUCAGCAUUAACUAUAUUGAAACUUUUAUUGGAGACUAAACAUGAUAUUUUUUCUGAAAAUAUACAGCGUUUUAUUCAACGACUUUUAAAUUUAUCUACCUAUGAAAAAAUGAAAAUCAGGAUUGCAGCUUUGGAAUGUUUAACAAAUUAUUGCGAUUAUCCAACGUUUUCAAUUAUCCUAUACAGACAAGAUGUGUUAGAUAAAUUAAUAAUUCCAAUUGACGAUCGAAAGCGUUUAGUCCGAAAAGCUGCGGCAAAAGCAAGAGCACGAUGGUUUUUGGUUGGCGCACCAGGAGGAAUUGAAGAACAAUGAUCUGUUUAUUUUAAGUUAUAUUAAAUCAGUCAUGAUAAAACAAUUUUGUAACUUAGAAAUAUAUGUGCAUUCAUUUUUAUUUAAUAGCAAUAGAUAUAAAUUUAACAACAAUAUUGUAUUGCAUAUUUUUAAAUUUAUAUACAGAACUAUAAGAUGUCACUUUUGUACAACAGUUAAAGAAGUUUAAUACGUUUGUGUUAUAUUGUACAUAAUGUACAUAAUUGAAUAAAGAAUUGAUUUCUAUAAUGGGAUUGAAACCUGAAA